AUGUCGCGACGUGACGAUAGAGAUAGCAGAGCUUCGCGCUCGCAACCACAGCCACCACACUCAUCUGUUGGCAGGACAGGCCAGUUUGUUAUUGACGCUGAAGGUAUUGACAGAGAAGUUAUCACGGCCGAUAUCUGCCGGUAUCUUGGUAACGAUGCUCUCGUCAAACCGGGUGACGUGGAAGACCCGAGGACGAAACAACUUAAGCCUGUCUACGUGAUCACAGCUUACAGGAAUCUUACAAAUGCAAUGAUAUUUGACUUAAAGCAGGCGUCUGCAGACUGGCGAGCUGAGAGACUUGCUAGAUCGAAUGCACAAUACCCUACAAAUGGUAUCUCUUUAAGGGAUUCGAACGAGAUGGUUCGAAAAUCUAACACCCCUAUAGUAGUGGACUACAGAAGUUCAAAUGCACUCGAUCAAUCUAUUGCUCGAAUGGAUAGAAUGGAUGCAACACAGCCUCGUCCUGCUGCACAACAAGGGAUGUAUAAUUCACCAUCGGCUGCUGUGCCCAGUUCCCAAUCAUAUCAACCAAGUGGCCAGGGUUACUCGGCGGGUUACAGUCAGCCCACAAGCUACCAGAAUGAUGGCUACACCCAGCCAUCAUCACAACCGUAUGCUCCUUCUACCCAAGGAUACCCUCAUGACUCCAGGACUUAUAUCCACGGAUCCAAUUAUUCUGUUGCUGAACCACCCGCUGGCCGCGGCGGAUCUGUUCCUCAGUCAACUCCUAGGACUCAAUACCCACCUAGCACAUCCUACCAAGCACCUGCAACGCAGUACUACUCCCAGUCUGGACCACCUGCAUCAACUCCAGCAUAUGCCGCCCAUGCACCAACAGAUCCCUACUAUAGUAGUCGUGCUGCUCCAUCAGGCAAUUAUGAAUCCACCCCGGAGAUAUACGAUAGCAGAGCAUACCCGGAAAGUUCAGAUUACCAGAUGCAAGAUGCCGGAUAUACUGAACCAGGCUCGUCAUACCAGGAACCUGUAUCAUACUCUCAGCCAAUGCCAUCUGGACGAAGUGGCACCGCCACUUCUUCAUCUCAAAGACCGCGUGACCGGGACAGUAGGGAUGACCGUGACAGACAUCACCAGCGCCGCAGGAAUUGA